CGGAGCAGAAGAGCGAAACAUGGCGACUUCGAACAAUCCGCGGAAAUUCAGCGAGAAAAUCGCUUUACAUAACCAGAAGCAGGCGGAGGAGACAGCGGCGUUUGAAGAAGUGAUGAAAGACCUGAGCAUAACCCGCGCAGCGAGGUUACAGUUGCAGAAGACCAAGUAUUUGCAGCUGGGACAGAGCCGUGGGCAGUACUACGGAGGAUCCUUGCCAAACGUCAAUCAGAUUGGAAACAGCACUAUUGAUGUGCCUUUUCAGAAUUCAGGGCUCGACACGAACAGGGCAACACGACACCACGGAUUGGUUGAAAGAGUCUACCGCGACCGGAACCGCAUCACAUCGCCUCACCGGAAACCCCUGUCUGUAGACAAACACGGGCGCCAGAUUGACAGCUGUCCAUAUGGCUCAGUAUAUCUGUCGCCGCCACCUGAUACUAGUUGGAGGAGGACAAACUCUGACUCAGCACUGCAUCAGAGCACACUAACUCCUGCCCAGCAGGCCUCCUUCACUGGAGGAUCACAGGAGCUGCAGCCAAAACGAGUCCUCCUACUCACUGUACCGGGGUCUGAAGCAAUUAAACAAGAUGUGGAUGAAGAUGGACAAAAACAUAACUGGGACUGCAAAAAAAACAUUUCAAGAUCCAAGCCCUGCAAAGUUCCCGGAAUCCACAUUUUCCCGUCUCCAGAACAGCAGCUGACCACUUUGGUGAAACCGGCAGCCCACAACACUGGCGGCUCUCUUCCUGACUUAACCAACAUCCAGUUCCCUCCUCCACUGCCCACCCCACUCGACUCAGACGAUGCAGCUGCCGCCUCAUUCAGCUCCCAGAACAGCACACGGACUCUGGGUAACACACAAGGAGUGAACACCUCUCAGCCCACAGUAACCAUGGAAAUGCAGCCUGGGCAGGACAAUGUGGUUCCUCUCAUCCUGAAUGCAGGGGACUCCCACCAGCACCAGAACCUGCAGCUCUCCCCAACAUCUCCACCUCUCACUCUCUCCCAGGCGGCCAUUAAUGCCAUGAACCUUGAGCAGCAGCUGUCCCAGUACGUCUUCUUCAGCCAGCAGCAGCCAUCAUCCCAGACGCACCCAAACCAACAACAGGCGGGUCUGGUCCAGCUGCCGUCCUCAGUGAACUCCUGCUCCCCGUCAGACAACCAGGCGUCCACACAAACCAACAUGACCAUCGACAUGAACGCGGCCUCCUCCCUUCAACAGUACCGCAGUAGGGUUGGAUCCUCUGCCAAUCAAUCUCCAACCUCUCCCGUCUCCAAUCAAGGCUUCUCACCCGGAGGCUCGCCUCAACAUAACGCCAUCCUGGGCAGCGUGUUUGCAGACUUCUACGACCAGCAGCUGCCUUCCAUUCAGGCCAGUGCUCUUUCACAACAGUUGGAGCAGUUCAACAUGAUGGAGACCCCCAUCAGCUCUGACAGCCUGUACAAUCAGAACUCCACCCUCAACUACUCCCAGGCUCUUAUGAUGGGUUUGACUGGCCAUUGCAACCCUCAGGACUCGCAACAGCUGGGCUACAGUAGCCAUGGCAACAUCCCCAACAUCAUUCUCACAGUGAGUGGAGAGUCUCCACCCAGCCUGCCCAAGGACCUGACUGGCUCGCUGCCCACGGAUGUCAGCUUUGAUGUGGACUCUCACUUCCCGCUGGAUGAUCUGAAAAUCGACCCGCUGACGCUCGGCCUGCACAUGCUCAAUGACCCGGACAUGGUCCUCGCUGACCCCGCCACAGAGGACGCAUUUCGCCUUGACCGGCUUGUAACAAACGCAGCAGGUGUGACAGGUGUGUGAACACUGCUACCUUUAGUGGAGGGUCUCUGAGGAGAAGAUAUGUAGAAUGGGCUGAUCUCGUCCGGGCAGAGCAUCAACUCCACCUCAACCAGCUCAGUCGACUCCCACAAAUGAGCUUUUAAAAUGUUUUUGAAGACUGCUGCCAGCUUCCCUUUCACACGACGAAGCGGUACAGUAUGAAUCACGUUAAUGGUUCUGUCACUACCUUUUGCGAUUGAGUUACGAUUUAGAUUAUAUACCUAGUGUUUAUUUGAGGAAGCUUAAUGAAAUUACGAGGGCCGAAUUCUCCGCAGAGCGAACCCGUAAUAAAUCACACUAUAGCGCUCACACGCCUGUUAACAUAGAGUAGCUUGAUGACUCAGAGGAAACACCUGUUGAGUUUAACCUCCCUCUGUGCCAAUGGAAGCCCCGGUGAGGCGAUUAGUCAUCCUUUUUCAAGCUAAUUUAUUUUUAGGGAAUGCUGAGUUUUGAUUUUUAUCAUAGUCAAUAGCGGUCAUCAGUUAUGCAUGAAAUCACUAAUCACUGUGCAUACUUGUUUUGCCUUAAUAGCUUUGACAUUUUGGUUUUCAUGCAAAGAUGACUAUUAUGUAUUAUGGGAGGGGGGCAUUUUAAUUAUCGAGUAAUUUUUACAGUUUUACAUACAGGUGGUUCGGCCGACAUAGUCCGCUGUUGUGUUGUCACUACCAUAUCAUUUUUCAUCUUCAUUUAUCACAUCCAAACGGAUAAAUGAGGGAAUAUGAACCAGAUGUUUACAGGCUUGAUUUGUUUUAUAUUUUACAUGUACAGAAUGUGAAUUCGAGUUUGCGUAAUGGUAUCUAUGCAAAACUACAGCGAUCGAUUUAGGACUGUAAAAUGAAACGAACCCUUAUACACAGGACGCCAGCGUGCAGGAUUCUUCGAGGACGCGCAGCGACGGUGCCGCGUUACUGUUGAAACGCUUUCCUUUCUUUCAGACUAGCGAGGUGUAGAGAGAGGAAAUAAAGACACACCGAGUGUGGCACACAGUAGAAACUCUCUGGAUUACUCCCAAAGAUGUGACCUCAGCGUAGUUGAAAUAUAUAUAUAAAUGUAUAUUUUUCCAGACAAUUGAACUGCCUCUAUACUAGAACAGCAUUGUUGAUACAAAGAGAAUGUAUUUAGGUCACAUCUGUACAGUUGUGUUGUUGCCAUCUUGCCAUCCUCAUUGCCUCUCAUUGCAGCUAGCCUUUGUGUCCUUCAGGGCCAAAAUAUCUUCUCCCUGAUAUUUCUUCUCCCCUGAAAGCAGGUAUGACAGCGACUCUGCAUAUCUGUUUUUCUCAUAUUGCUCGUGUGGCCGGCGCCCUUUAUGAGUUUGUUCCGUGUCUCUCUGGUUUUGUACUUGUAUGCUUUCGUGCUUUAAAAUCCUUCAGUGAAAGCAGCGUGUGUUUCAGUAGAUGGGUGCUUUGAAUUCCUUCAGAAAUGUGUCUCAUUAUUGCACUUUAUGCAUUUAUUUAAAACACUGAUUUCUCAGAGUAUAUGUACCAAACCCCCAACCCUGUGACUGUUAUGUGCACUGGACCUGUCUGUCCUGUCUUUGAUUAAAAUUGCCUUCUUGUUAAAAAAAAAAAAAAAAAAAAAAAAAGGUUAAAAACAUUUCUAGUUAUUUUUGAAAACGUAUAUUCAAAUAGUCUAUUUAAGAGAGCUGAGUUAUUACUCAGUCAGUUAGUAUUUUGUUAUACUGUUACACUUUUUUUUUUUUUCCCCCUAAAUUUUGCACACGGGUGUGUCGGUCAUGUCUCUGCAGCUCUGACUGCACGUUUGAUUAAAGAAAACCAAAUGAUGCUGGAAAAUGUUUGAAAUGAAUUAUCAAUUAGCAAAAAAAAAAAAAAAAUGGUUCAAGUUACAAAAAUAGCGAGUGCAUUAGACAGUUGCAGUAUGUGUUAUUGUAAUACUGUGCCAGAUGGGAUGAGUCAGUCUCUGAAAAGCAUUUUGCAGAAUUAAUAUUGUAAUUCGUUGCAGGUAAAAUAACAUGUAAAAUGCUCAUAAAAAUGCAUAUAAAUUCAUAUCCAGGACACUACAUAUACACUAUUCCACACUAUGAAAAUGGCUGUUAUGUUGUUGAAACAUUGUCUGUCGAUGUGUGUCAAGGACCUCCUGUGCCAGCAUAUUUACUGUCACACAACGCAACACAAAACUAUGAUUGAAUCCGUUACAAUUAAGUUGUUAAGCUCUAAUAUUUAUUUUCCUUAAAAAAACACACACACACACACAAAACUUUAAUGUUUGAGAUGCAUCAUCUUUGUCAGUGAUGCAGAGCUUAAGUUAUCACUGGGGGAAAGUGGUGGUGGGGGUGUGUGGGUUUUUGUUUUUUUCCUAUUUUAAUAAUUUUGUGACUGCACGAAUCUCCUUAAGUGUUUUCUCCUUAUGGCGUGGCUUUUAUUUAUUUUUUGAAGGGUUAGGUCUGCUUUGUUUGUCUGAGCAGUGUGGUUUUCUUUCCUUGUUUGCUAAACUCGUCCUUUGUCUCUUUUUUAAUUCUGCAUCAUGUAUAGGCUAUGUAACUGCUAAGUGAAGCCUGAAGCAUCAGAUAUGUGGUAAUAAGCCUUUCAUGCACAUGUAGAAGCUGUUGUUUGGUACUGUGUUUUCUACUGCAAUAUCCAGUAUGCGCUUUUCCGUGGAACACCCACAGAGUUCAAUUAUGUCAUGGUAAAUCUAUAGACUAGCUUUGUAUAUUGCUGUAUGGUAGGAGCAAUGUUUUUCGUGCUUUAUGUGAUAUGAUGUCAAAGUAAGAAAAUGCACUGAGAAAUACUGUGCUGCAGUAUGUCAUUGUGGCUCUAUAUUCUCUGCUGGACCUCUAGACUUUAUAGUGAGCCUGACAUCUUUGUGGGUUCUUUUUGUUGUUUGUUUUGUUACUUUUUGUGCUCAUGUAGAUAGCGCUGACUGAUGUGUCACCUGUUACUGUCACCUUUUUAUGCAGCAACGUUCAGGUAUCCAUUGGUAUCGCACCAGUGUUUACAAAGACAAGAGUUUACAGCAAAGCAAAGUUUGUUUUCCUCUACCUUUAAAAUGUUUCAGCUGAGUUAAAUAGUGUAUCUGGAUAACAGACUACAUGCAUAUGAACCACUUGCAGUGUAGAUUAGCAAAAACAGGUUUGCGGUUUCAACAGUCAAUCAGUAAUGUAAUUUCAGCAGUUGGACAGUAAUUUCAAUAUUGUUAUUUAUUAUUGUAUGUUAUACUAUGACAUUUCUUUUGGACCUCGUCCGUAUGCAUUUCAAGGCCUGGAAGCACUUUUAAUUUACUUGACAAACUUUAAUUCUGCAAGAAUUCCACUUCCUAUUCCACUUUAGAUUAUUUAGAUUUUAUUGGUCUUUGUUUCAAAGCAAAUUUGUCAUCAGCACUGUAUUUUUUUCUCUCCUCCUUUUAGUUUAAAAUCAACAGUUGAACCAAAGUUUAAAAAAAAAAACAAAACAGCCAUAAGUGAGAGAAUAGAUUUUAUCUUUUAAGCUGUUAUAAAACAUCCUCUUUUUUUUCCCCUCAAAAUAUUCUAUUGUGGUUUAAAAUUAUUUUACUUACUACUACUGAUUUCUGCAGUGUAACUCAAAGGGCACCUGUUAUGCUUUUCCUUUUUGGUCAUAUAUAUGCUGUCAGAAUGGUGGACACACAUAGUAAACAAGACCAACCUCAGGCUUCAGACUACCCUAAAUGCUUAGUUUUUUUUCUACUCUUGGCUCUAUAUGAUGUCACUGAGAGUGGGUAUUCCUAUAUGGUCAACUCUUUUUCAGUAGUACCCGCUCAGCUUGACUCGACUUGGGUUUAGGGUUUUCCAUUAGGUGAUAAUACCUGAUACCAGGUACUUUUCAGUACCUAAUCAGGUGUGGUUCCAAGCGAGCUCAGUCACACAGACUGCCACUGAUUGGCCAGGCAGUAGCGUCACUAGAUAAGUCAUGAGAGCGACUCCUUCACAAGAAUCAAACCUGCGACUUUUGAAACCUGGGCAACAAGGGAAAUGGCGACACAUGCCUAGAGAUCAUUUGGCGACUGCAGUUGCUGUGAGAUCCCAGUCAUGCAGGCCUAAAGACCGAUCAAUGUAUUUCCCAACCGGUUUGGCGAGUGGUUGCUUGCCAUCGCUUGGUGAAACUGGCUGGAGAGAGGUAUACAAUGCUACUUUUGGCUGCUGCUUUAUUCACAAGGGGUUGCCAUAGCGGGUAGCUCUGCAUGUUUGAUUGGCAUAUUUCUUUUUACACCAGAUGCCCUUCUUGAUACAACCCCAAAGGGAUUUGUGUCCUCCUGGGAACAAACCAUGAAUCUUGCAUUUAUUACAUGACAGGUAUAUGAUGCUGCACUGAAAACCUUGUGAUUGCUUUGGUCAGCUUGCUCCUGUCUCCCGUAGUUUGUAUGGGAAACACCAACAACUCACUGAGCAGAAGAGAAAUUGUGAAGAGUGGCAACGCAAACUUGGGCACCCUGAGUGGCUCAAUGUGGAGCAGGCGACACAUGUAUAUGCCGCGUCGUGGUACGGGCGGCGUCAGUUUGUGUCCCGGCCUGUCACCAGUUUGCCUGCGUGUCUUCCCCUGUAUCUUACCCCAUUUCCUCUACUGCCAACAAACAGCAACUGUGGUCAAGAGUGCAACGCAAACUAGAAAUGGAGUCCGUUCAUCUUCAAAGUAAAAGUUUAAUCUUUUGAAAUGUCUUAAUUUCAGUGUUAAGGGACAACUUUUACUUGUUUGCGUCAUGCUUUUCAUGACUGCUUGGUGGUUGGUUAGUUGGUUAAUUGGCGAGCGUUUGUAGACAAGUGGGCAUCUGCCAUGUAAACUGCGGAUGACCGCAGUGACCAAAGCAUUUAAAGCAAAGGUUUUUGGUGCAGCACCCUGUUUACCACUAAUUUAAUCCAGCAGCAGCCAGCAACCAUUUGUCAGCCAGUUGGAGAACACAUUUUUUCCCUCUUGGUUAGAAGUUGCCAGCUGGUCUCUAGUCCUGUGUGACUAAGGCCUGCAACAAACCACUCUGAGUUUGAGCACAGAAGCCCCAUCUACCUGUUGUUCAAACCUUCCAGAUGUGAGGGGCAGCCAUUCAAUAGGCUUAAAGGGAGAGGAGCUAAAACAGCUUAUUUCAGAUGAAAGAUGAACUGAGAGGCUGCACCAAGACCCUGUAUGAGAUAAGAGAGGAAUAUUCUGUACUGUGACUCCUGCAAGGCUACUCUGUAUAGAGCUGGAAAUGAGCAUAACAGGUCCUCUUUAAGAAAUAACUGAUAUAUCCUGUCCACUAGAUGAAAAAUCUAUUUUCUGCAUGAUGCCGAAUUUCAAAAUAUCUUAACAUAUUGUAUUUUGCUUUAAAUAUUUAGUUUUGCCUUUGUUUUAUAAAUUUGUGGUGAAAUAGUAUUUUGUACUAAAAAAAAAAAAAAAUGAGACAUGACAUAUACACAACAAGAAAUAAUAUGAAUAA